ACACAGAACACAGUCAAGUAAUACGAAUGGAUAAUUCAAAGAAAAACUUGGAAGUAUCAGAUAUGAGAAUCGUUCUACUGGGUAGAACUGGAGUUGGAAAAAGUGCCACAGGAAACACUAUACUGGGAAUGGAUAAGUUUGGAGAGAGCAAUUCCAUCAAUUCCUUCACUAAAAUCUGUCAGGCAGAAAAAGCCCAAGUGGACGGACGGAUCAUCUCAGUAAUUGACAGUCCAGGACUGUGUGAUACAAAAAUGAUUGAAGAGCAGGUUGCAUCUGAGAUAGUGAAAUGUGUAGAAACGUCUGGUCCUGGUCCUCACGUGUUCCUGCUGAUCAUCAGACUGGAUGAGAAAUACAAUGAAGAGGAGAAGAACAUCGUGACAUGGAUUCAGAAGCACUUCGGAGAAGAUGCUAUAAAAUACACCAUCAUUCUCUUUACUCAUUCUGAUGCUCUGAUGGAAAAAACAUUAGAUGAAUAUGUAAAAGGAUGUCGUGAAAUACAGUCACUGAUUAGUGAGUGUGGAGGUAGAUAUCACGCAUUCGACAAUCGAAAGAGAGAGAAGCGAGAUCAGGUCACAGAGCUGCUAAAGUUGGUUGAUAAAAUGGUGAGAAAUAAUAGAGGCAAAAAAUACGGCAAUGAGAUGCAUAAAGAUCUCCAGAAGAAGAUUGAAUGGGGGAGUUUAAAAAAAACAGCAAAGGGUUAUAGCAAGAUAGCAUUAAAAGUAACAGAAACAGCAGCAGCAGCAACGGCAGCAGCAGUAGAAACAGCAAUACGAGUAGGAUCAGAAAAUGCAGAGGCAGCAGCGAAUGAAGUAGCAGCAUCAGGACUUAAAGUAGCAGAAGAAGCCACAGAAGCUGUAGCAAAAGGAGUAGCACGUGCAUAAGUAGGACAUAUCCAGUCUUAAAGGUCAAUUUAUUGUCAGAUCAGACUGUACUUUUUAUAUUGCGCACUUAAAUACCUUUCUCACUUUUUUCAACAAAUGACAAAUGCAUGUGUAUUAUUAUAUUGUUAAA